GCACCGCGCGGCCGGAAGGGCGGCGCUCCCGGCCGGAAGUCCCGCGAGGGCGGCGCGGGCCGGCCCGGAGGCGCACGCGCCGUGUCGUCCUGGAGCCGGCGCGCAGGCGCCGCCCGCGUCCUCUCGCGUCCGGAACAUGGCGGCGCGGUCGCUGUGGGCGGCCCGGCGGCGGGUGCCGCGCCUGCUGGCCUGCGGCGGCCCGGCGGAGGGCAGGGACUGGCUGCCCCCCUUCAGCACUGCCACCCAGAGAAAUGCUGGUGAGGACUGCAGUUCCGAGGACCCCCCUGCCAGCCACGGGCCUUCUAUUGCUGAGCAGGCCUUGAGGUUGAAAGCUGUUAAACUGGAGAAGGAAGUCCAGGACUUGACACUGAGGUACCAGAGAGCUGUCGCUGACUGCGAAAACAUAAGGAGACGAACCCAGAGAUGUGUGGAAGACGCCAAGAUAUUUGGAAUCCAGAGCUUCUGUAAAGACUUGGUGGAGGUGGCAGACAUCCUGGAAAACACUACGAAGUGCAUUUCUGAAGAGACAAAGCCCGGGGACCAGAAGCUCACCCUGGAGAAAGUCUUCCGAGGGUUGUCACUCCUGGAAGCCAAGCUGAAAAGCGUGUUUACCAAGCAUGGCCUGGAAAAGAUGGCACCCAUUGGUGACAAGUAUGACCCUCACGAGCAUGAACUCAUCUGUCACGUCCCCGCCGGUAUCGGCGUGCAGCCUGGCACUGUGGCAUUAGUACGGCAUGAUGGGUACAAACUUCAUGGCCGUACCAUUAGACUGGCCCAGGUGGAAGUAGCUGUUGAGUCUCAGAGACGACUUUGAACAGGCCUUGAGGAACUGGAUGUUCACACAGUACAGUCACCUGUGUUCCCUUUAUUUAUUAAAGUAGGUUUGCAUUGUAUGUGAGGUACUUCAUGUGGCCUCUUUUGGAUUUAGUCAUAUUGGCUUUGUUUCUAGUGUUUAUGACCUGUUUGGUCUCCUCACAAGUCUUGCCGUUGGGAUUUAAGUGAUCUGCUGAGUACUCCUAGGACCUGUAUCAAAAUAUGUUUACGAAAAUUGUUUUUAAAAUGGUACUCUGCUAUUUGAAUCCCAAAUCCUCUUAAGUUUGUAUUUCCAACAAUCGUUGGGUUUAUGUGUCCAGAGUCUCUGUGUUACAUUUUAUGGGGAAAUAAACAGUAGGGAUUAGUUCUACAGUUGCUAUUUAGAUGAUAAAGCUUUACCCUUACGUAAAUUUAGGUCCUUUGGGUUGGUUUCUGUAUGCAUAAGUUUUUUAUAUUUAGCCGUCUUUUGUCCGUGUAGUCCCCGUAGGAGUUGUGCUCACACUGCUCUACCAUUCCUACCGCGUCCCAACCUUUUUGAAAGAGAUAAAGGGCCAGACAAGUCAUGGAAAGCAGGCAGCACUAAGCAAUUCGGAAUACUCCUUUCGCUUCAGGUAGGGAAUUCCUCAUAAAGCAGCUCCAUCUCCAGAAGCUGAUGCUCCAACCAGUGUGUAUAGAUAAUUACUACGUCUUUCCAUUCCCCCAGACCUGAGCCCUGCCUCUGUCAAAGAGUCUGUAUAGAUAAAGAAAGGAGGUGAUAAGGACAAAAAGGUUACUAGGGCCCUACAAUUUCUCAUCUCAUUUGGGUAUGUUAAGAUUUCUCCCCCUUUAGUUUGCACUCGCCAAUCACUCACUACCUCUCUUACAUGACAGACAUUGCAUUUUUGUUGUGGUGCUGGGGAUUGAACCCAGGGUCUCAUGGCUCUUCCACUGAGCCAUACUCCCAGCGAUGACAAAGUUUCCUAAUUUUUAUAGCCAUCUUUAGUCAAAUUUGUAUAAACAUCUAGCUCUUUUGUAUUGAUCUCCUAAAGUUAAUGGACAUGUGGGGUGGUUUUUUCUUUUUGUCUUACAGUGUCCUGUAAAAGCUUUGUCCAGUAAAUGACUUAACAAUGAAUAAUACAUUAGGCCUUAGAACAAAGGUCAGCUAAAGAUACUCUAAUGC